AUGAAGCCUGCUUCAUCCAAACUAUACCAUAUGAUGCCAAAAGUGGAAUCAUUAAACAAUGUAUUGCCAUCACUUAGUCUUUAUAUUAUUUAUCGCAGUGAUUCUGGCAUCUCAUUAUCCAAUCAAACAACAAAGCAACAUGCGGAUUACUCGAAGGCAAGAUCAAGACUUGAAAUGCUAAAUAAUCUUCAAGUCCAAUGGCACCAUGGUUUUUCACACUGGAUGCAUUAG